AUGCCGCAGCCAGCCUUCCACUACACGAUCAACGACAGUGAUGCCAAGCGAUGCUCUGAAAUGAUCACCGGGAACCUCGGCGGGUUCCUCCCUGGCGCCGAGCCCAAGUACCUCCCACCCGGAUCCGCCCUUCACAUCUGUGGCACCUACCGAGCCGGCGAUGAUAAAAAUGGCAACCUAGAAGAAGCGAAGAAUGAGAGUGUAGUGAAUCGUUUCGGCAGAGUCUGGGGCCAGAAGAACUUGGUCCUCGGCGGCUGCGGUAUCAUUCCCACGCAGAAUGCCUGCAACCCAACACUUACGGCAGCCGCAUUUGCCCUUGCCGCUACUGACCAAAUUAUCGCGGACUUGGACGAACAUGAGAAUUAUGAGUGA